CUCCAUCUCUCCCUCCUCAUACUUUCUCCUUCAUUUCCUUCUUCACUAAUCUCAAAUCUUUUCAACACUUCUUAUCUUCAUUCUUCCAACCUCACUUUUUUUUGACUUAAAAGACUCAUUUAUUAACUUCCAUCAAUCCCACAUUUCUUCUCUACUUUGACUCAAUUUUUUCCAUCAAUUUAACCUCCAAUUAUACCUUAUAUAAUGCUUCUAUAGUUUCAUACAAAUUCAUCAUAUUUUCUCUUCAUCUAUUAUUUCCUCACAAAUUUCCCAGUAAAAAAUGGCUUCAUCUGAUAACUUGAUUGCGAGUAACGAAACGUGGGCGUUUCGUUCUACAUUCGAUAACUCAUGGAUAUCCGAAGCAUUUGCUCGUGAUGCAGAUAUACUAACUAAAGCUCUUCACAAAUCGAUAUGCAACAACAACAACAAUAACAACAAUAAUAGUAAUAAUAAUAACAAUAACGUUUCGGACGUUGACGUUUCGUACGCGGAACUUUUUAGCGUCGAAACGCCGUCAUCACAGCGACAAACACAGAGUUUUUCCAGCUCAGGAGGUGGUUCUGAGACUGAAACCGUUUCGAAACGUACGACGUUUCGAAACGUUGCGCCUCCGAGUGGGAAGAUCACGAAACGUAAGUCUCGCGCUUCGAAACGUUCUCCUACAACGUUUAUAACGGCUGACCCGGAGAAUUUUAGACAAAUGGUUCAACAAGUGACUGGGGUUCGAUUUAACUCGAGUUCGGUUUCAGGUCAAGUUGGAUCGAUACUUAAACCGGAGCCUCAAAGGCCGGUUGGAGUAGUGAACCGGUUACAAACCGGGUGUGUUUUACCUACACUUGACACGUCAGCUUUUUUCUUGGAUCAUAAUCAACAACAAGUUAUGGGCCCGGGUUUGGUUGAGUUUGGGCCGCCUGCAGUGGUGGGUCAAGGUGGUGGUGGGCCGAGGAUGGAUUUUGAUGGGUUUACUGGGUUCCCAACUUUGGAGUCAUGGAAUUAGGAAAAAAAAAAAAAAAAGAUAGGUGACAUAGUUAGGUAUUUCUGUUUUAUGAUAUGUUUUUUUGAGUAUCUCUUUUUGUUAAAAAAAAAAAAAUCUUCCCAUUUUUAAAUGGGUGUUUCUCAGAGGGAUAUUUAGAUAAGAAUAGUGGGGUUUUGUUAAUAUUUCGGAGUUUUUUUAGUUGAUGGGUUAAAGUGUAAUGUAGUUUAAAUUUAUGGACCUUAUGAUGUUAAAUUUUAUGUACUUAUUAUAAUAAUAGUCGUUUAUUUUGAUCAAGUA